AUGCUAUCGAUGAACUUUUCAGUGCGGCUUGGCACGAUAGAGGAUGUAUUGGCGAAAAUUCAAGCAUUUCCCACUCAACUCCAAUCUGAAUGCAUAUGGCUCUCACCGGGAUUUCUGUUUUAUGAGGAAUGCGAACAGGCUUGUGCAUCCGAUCAGCCUUACAACGAAUGUCUACGAAUGUGCGAGGCACGCCACCCGCCCCCAGCUCCCCCGGCGGACCCCAGCCCCCCCCCCCCUCCGGCCCACAUGGCCCACCCCCCGCCCCCUCCAUCCACCUCCGCCCCGCCCCCCACACCUCGGAUACCUUACGCCCGUCCCCCAGCCGCACGCCCCCUCUCAUCGGUUACACCGGACCUCUCUCCCCGCAGCCGUACCGCCCGACAGGGACUAGCCCUCCUCGGCUGUCUUACUAGACGUCCCUCUCGCCUGCGUCCAAGCCCCCCCCGGUCACCCCCCUACGCCCCGCCCACUUCCCCGCCCGCCCAAGUCUGCGCCGCGCCCGACUCCGGUUCGUUCCCCCCACCACCUGCUCCCCGUGCUAUCCGCGCCCCCCCCCGCUCAUCCCCUCCGCCCUCCAUGUCUCGCCCGACCACCCGGCGCCCCCCCCGCUCCCCCCCCCCUCCACCGCGCCCGCUUUCCCCCUUCGGUCCUCCCGUCGGGGACUUUUCCCCGUCCGCUCCACUUUCCAACCCCGCCCCCCCCCCCCCCCCGGCGCCCCCCCCUUGCCGCCCCUCCGGAUCCCCCCCCCACCCGUGCCGCCCUCCCUGGGCCUCGCCUCCUAACCCGCCCCACCACGAUAGACCACAUCGAAGCGCGUCCCCCGCCCCUGGGCCCCUUCCUCUUUGCCCCGGACACCCGUACCCCCUGCUGCCCCCCUACGGCUCCACCUCCUCGAUUCCGUCUCGCCCAUCCCCGGGGGGCACCCACCCAGCGCUAGGACCGCGACGUGGUCCCCCCCGCCCGGUCGCGCUCACCACCCGUCUGUACGGCCUUCUUCACCCCCCCACCCCGUUCAAUCCCCCGUUUUCUACCACCCCCUCCCCCAGACUGACACCCCCCCGGCCCCGCGCCAUCCCCCCGCCCCCGUUUUCCCCUCGGCCCCCCGACCCCUUACCCGACCCCCUCCACCCCGGGAUUCAGCGCCGUUUUCAGCCCUCACCACCCCCCCCCGACCCCCCCCCCUCCCCCUAG